AUGGCUGCUGUGUGGUUAUUGGUACAUUACAGUACCCAUGAUUUUGAUGUUAGGAUGGAGGACACUGAUUUGUGUCAUAUGAUGGGUUUAUUUGAGGAUUUUCUUGAGAAAUCAGUGAAGCAAAAUGUGUAUUUGCCUAAACUGUUUAAGUUGUUAGUUCAAAACCCUAGGACUAAGAAGAAAACAGAGUUCAGGACUGAUUUUGAUUUGAUGAAUGUUUGGGUGUGGGGCUUGGGCAAGGAUACCAUUGAGGUUACUGUCAAGGAUCAAUCUCAUGCUGACUACUUGGGGGCCAAGUUCCGUUUUACAUAUUGGAGGUAUCUGGGUAUGUCAAGUUAUCAGUCUUCUCACACAGCUUGCAUGGAUAGCAGCGGAGACGAGAGUCCAGACACUAGUCAUUAUUUUAAAACCGAUCAAAGUUUUAAGAAUCGUCAAGAGUUGGAGGAAUGGGUGAGAGAAAUCGGAAAGGAGUGUAAGAUUUGGUUUUAUGUGCAGAAUUCUUUUAGCAACCGUGUGUAUUUGAGAUGUGAAAGGGGUGGUCCUUAUAGAAAAUUUAUAUCUUUGAAAGAGAAUCGUAAUAGGAGGAAAGGAACGGGAACAAAAAAAAAUCAGUGUCCUUUUCAAGUUGUGGGUGCUCAAGUAGAGGAAGGUGUUUGGAAGGUUUUUGUAAAUGAAUGGAGGAGCAAACACAACCACAAAGUAGGUAAGUAUAAUAAGUGGCAUACUUCGGUUGCAAAAUUAACGAGAGAAGAAUUUGCAAAAAUUGGUACGUAUCGUCAAUCGAAUAUGAAAAGCAAGCAAAUACUCAAUUUGUUGAAGAAAGAGAACCCUCAAAAUAACAGCUCAAUCAAACACAUUAACAAUGCUUUGCAGAAGUUGAAGAGGAGUAUGAUGGGUUCUUUUUCACCGAUGCAAUUCUUUUUCAAGAUGCUAAAAGAUUAUAAUUAUUUUCAGUGGCACAGAAGGGAGGAAGGCACGAAUGUUCUAAGUGAUGUACUCUUUGCACACCCGAAAACAACUGAUCUACUGCGUUUAUUUCCUUAUGUAUUAAUAUUAGAUGCAACCUACAAGACAAAUCGGUUUGAGAUGCCUCUUUUGGAAGUGAUAGGUGUAUCACCAACUGGCCAGAAUUUUCAUGUCGGUUUUGCUUUCAUGAAGGAUGAGACAACAGGGAGUUUCUUGUGGGUGGUACAACAAUUAAAGAUGUUGUUUGGCCGAUGCCAAGAGCCAGGAGUGAUUGUUACAGAUAGGGAGUUGGCACUCAUGAAAGCUAUUAAGAUUGUAUUUCCUCAUUCUAGACGCCUUUUAUGUAGACGACAUAUUGCAAUGGAUGUUGAACGAUACCUUACUAAUUUACUAAAAUGUAAAACAUAUUGUCCCGCCUUCAGUGCAAGGUGGCACAAAAUUGUUCGAGCAAGGACACGAGAUGAGUAUUAUUCACAUGUGGAGCAAUUAUACAAGAAGUGGUUUCGUUUACCUGCAAUGUUAUCUUAUGUAAAUAUGACAUGGUUAGAGCCAUACCGAAAGAAGUUUGUCACCCGAUGGACAAAACAUGCUUUACACUUUGGUGCGGAGACAACAAAUAGGGUUGAGGGUGCACAUUCUCAAUUGAAGCGUUGGUUGGGAACAGCAACAGGGAGUUUUUAUUUGUUGUUACCCCAAAUUCAUGAUCUUGUAGAACUACAAUUCAAUGAGAUUCAACGAGAGUUUGAGAGGUCCCGAACGGUUCACCUUCACAUUACAUCAUUCUCAUUAUUCCGUCGAUUAGCUGGUCGUGUUUCCCACAAAGCCAUUCAGCUGCUGGAUGAAGAAUUUAAGACUCGAGGGUCUACUAUAGGUGUGGAUGCUGUGAAAUGUGGAUGUGUGUUGAGAUCUAGCUUUGGUUUGCCGUGUGCUCAUGAGAUGGGUAUAAUGGUCAUUGAACAUAGACCCAUUGAUCCUCUUGAUGUUCAUGUCUUUUGGAGAACUCUUCAUAUGGAAGGUGUAACAUGCAAUCUAAUCACACAAGAGAAAGCAACUGGAUCACAAUUAUUGAGUGAAAUGAUGGAUGAACUGCGCAAAGAAUCAGAUAGGCAACAAAUGUAUUAUGCAGAAUGCAUCCAUAAUAUGAUUCAUCCCCAAUCGACUGAUAUUGAAGAGCCCAAACAAAGGAGUCACAAAGGUCGACCAAAGCACAAUCCUACUAAGAGAAACUUAUCUAGUUGGGAGUGGGCAAAUAAGAAAACUAAAUCAAGUACAAAGAACAAUUCAUCCUAUUCUCAACAAGAUUCUGAACAUAAUAAUUGCGAUUAUAAUGAGGCAAAAUCAUCAGACACUCAAACUUAUGACAAAAGACUACCUCAGUUUAUUGUCCCUUACAUUGACGGAUAUGUGGAUGUCAUCGGCGAUGGAAAUUGCGGGUUUAGAUGUAUUGCUUAUUAUGAGUAUGGAAAUCCAGAUGAGUGGAUGCGUGUUAGGAAUGAGCUCUUGGAGGAAAUGAAUUCCCAACGGCAUUUAUACUUUGAAAUGUUGGGUGGUCAAUUUGGUUUUGAUAGAUCCUUUCGUGGGCUUGAUUGGUUCCAACCCAAUUCCUUUGCUCGAGAGGAUAAGUGGUUGAGUAUGUUAGACCAUGGGUUUGUGGUUGCGACUAGGUAUCAGAAAAUUGUCACAUGUUAUACUCUUUUUGGCAGUCUUACGUUCUUGCCUUUAGAAUAUCGACGCGGGAGUCAACCUCCAAUGUUGCACAUCGACCUGGGACUUAUUGAUCGUCACUUUAUAGUCCUCCUUAUGCAUGAUGGUGCUCCGUUGCCUACGCUGUAUCCUGGAUGGGAUAAUUACUGUAACCCUGAGAUUCGUUUUUGGAAAAGCAAUUUGCGGGAAAGGUUUGAUCAAUGGAACAUUUUAGAUAGAACAUAA